CUUGUUUUUGUGGCUGAAAAUUUAUGUUUCAGGUAUUAAUUACAAUGUGCUUGUCAUACUAGUAUGAUGGGUGAUGAUGAAGAUGCGUGUAGUGAUACAGAGACCACUGAAGCCAUGGCACCAGAUGUCUUAGCCAAGAAAUUAGCUGCUGCUGAAGGCUUGGAGCCUAAGUAUCGGAUUCAGGAACAAGAAAGCAGUGGAGACGAGGAUAGUGACCUCUCACCUGAAGAACGAGAAAAAAAGCGACAAUUUGAAAUGAAAAGGAAGCUUCACUACAAUGAAGGACUUAAUAUCAAACUAGCUAGACAAUUAAUUUCAAAAGACCUACAUGAUGAUGAUGAAGAUGAAGAAAUGUUAGAGACUGCAGAUGGAGAAAGCAUGAAUACGGAAGAAUCAAAUCAAGGGUCUACUGCAAGUGACCAACAGCAAAACAAAUCACAAAGUUCAUAGAAGAGAUCAUGCAACACUGCAGUUGUUUGUUAAAUAUAAACCCUGUGACUAUAAUACAUUGCUUCUUGUUCUCCACAAGUCAUGACCUUAAGUACCAAAAUGCAUACCAGUUAUUAUAUAUUGCCAAGAAUUAAAUGAUAACCCUAGAGACUGAUUAGACUGAAAAUGCCUAAUUGAUAUAUAUAUUCUUGUGCCUAGUACUUUACCACAAAUACAGUAUAAUAUCAUCAGUCCAAAACUGCAUUACUUUUGUAAAAACACUGGUUAAUUUGUAAAAGAUAUUAUAUAGCUUUUUAUGCUUUAGAGGUUAAACAAUAUCUUUGGGGGGGGAACUAAUUUAUUUUCAUCAUUCUUAAUGUGGUGGUAGCUCUUAUAAAGUUUGUUGAUUUGUUGUUUUUUUUUUAAUCAAAAGCCAGUUGAACAACAGGAUAUAUAGACUGAUAAAUAUUCAGGCUGAAUGGUAUUUUAAAACUUGUCUUCAACUUGAUUUGUCUGUUUAAUUGAAAAGGAUUAUAAGAGUUACUGUUGCAUUUUCUGACCUGCUACCUUUAAAAUUCCUGUUGCACUUCUUCGUAUUUACAGGGAAAGGACUGAACUUUUUCUCAUUGAAACUAGCUUUUUUCCCCCAUGAAUAAAUUAUCAGGUUAAACUUGCA